UCCUUGAAAUUCAUGUGACUGAAGUAGCGGAUUAAUAUAUUUCCUACUACUUGUAAUUUUGGCAAUUCAGAGGAAUAAAGUGCGUUAUUGAUCGUGAAUGAAUAGUGUUCAUGUAAGUUAUGAUCAUGACUUCAAGUAACAAAAAUUCCUAUAAUUUUUUAUAUUUCAAAUAAAAAAAAGUAUAUGAAAACUCCGAUUACUUCAUGCUCGAAAUCCCUCUUCCAAAACUAAAUGGCACAAGGCUACCGUAUCAUUAUGUUGAUCUUCAAAAUAAUCGAUAUUUUCAGUUAGAUUCGCUCAAUGACAUAAAUUUCCAUUGUCUCUGCGUAAUUGAGUCCCGAACUCAGUGGUUUUGGAAAGUUCAAACGCUUCAUAUUUAUUCAUUUUAUUGGGUAUCAUCCCAGUUGUAUUCUCAUUAAAUAAAUCCGAUGUUCAUUUAACCGACUAAACGUCUUGAGAUAAACUUCAAGUUAAAAUGUUAGAGUGAUGUAGUUGCCAAAAAGUGGUUCAGCUGUCGAUACUCCGCAAAGCGAAGGCGGCCAAACCCAGGAACAUCGUUUACCGCCACGGCACGGCACCGGUACAACAGCGGCCGCUAGCUAAAAAGUAAGACUGGCUGCAGUUGGCCUGGCCUGGAACUAGCGGCCAGACUUUUUAUUAGUCUCUUUCCGCCUAACGUUAGUUGUAGUUUCUACAUCUACUUUUGAGCCAGUGGUUUGUUACAAGAUCAGCGAAAAAUGUCAACAGCAGCGAGUGCAGAGUCUUCAACCAAGAAGACCUAUGGAAUCACAUCAGCUAUCAGUAUGGUUGGACCACGACCUGAAGAUAUCAGACAGACAAAGGAGUUAGUAGAAGCUCUGAAGCCUCAUGGUGUCUUUGAAAAUGAAGAGGAGCUUAACCACAGGUUGAUAGUACUGGGGAAGCUGGAUCAGAUUGUUAAAGAUUGGAUCAGACAAGUGGCAGAGGAUAAAAACAUUCCACCAAACAUAGCAGAUACCGUUGGAGGAAAGAUCUACACAUUUGGGUCUUAUCGACUAGGAGUACAUACUAAAGGUGCUGAUAUAGAUACUUUAUGCGUAGCCCCUCUUCAUGUAGAGAGGAACGAUUUCUUCAAGUCUUUCUAUGACAUUGUCAAAGGAUUGCCAGAAACCAAGGAUUGCAGAGCUGUUGAGGAAGCAUUUGUUCCUGUCAUCAAACUAGUCUUUGAAGGCAUAGAGAUGGAUAUCUUGUUUGCUCGCCUGGCCCUCCGAGUUGUACCAGAGAACCUAGAUCUAACAGAUGAUACCCUACUCAAGAACUUAGAUCCAAAGUGUGUCCGUAGUUUGAAUGGUUGUCGUGUUACUGAUGAAAUUCUGAAUGUAGUCCCGAGCAAAGAGAAUUUCAGGCUGACGCUGAGAACAAUAAAACUAUGGGCCAAAAAGAAAGGUGUGUAUUCCAAUGCUCUUGGUUUCCUUGGUGGUGUGUCAUGGGCUAUGUUAGUAGCAAGAACCUGUCAGCUUUACCCUAAUGCUGCAGCCUCGACGCUCGUCAACAAGUUUUUCCUUGUCUUCACAAAGUGGGCAUGGCCACAGCCUGUGUUACUCAAACCUCCAAACACCUCAACAGAUCUCGGCUUUGCAGAAUGGGAUCCAAGGGUGAACGUCAGUGACAGAUUUCAUUUAAUGCCUAUCAUCACACCAGCCUACCCUCAACAAAAUUCCACAUACAAUGUCUCACAAUCUACGAAGACAGUCAUAGAGCAAGAACUCCAAGGAGGCCUAGCCAUCACUCAGGAAAUUAUGCAAGGCAAAGCAACAUGGGAGAAACUCUUUGAACCUUCCAACUUCUUCCAGAAGUACAAACACUACAUCGUCUUGAUAGCCAGUGCAGGAAAUGAAGAUGAUCACCUCAAAUGGGUUGGACUGGUGGAGUCUAAGAUCAGAGUAUUGGUUGGUAACUUAGAGAGGAAUCCUCACAUCAAACUGGCUCAUGUCUAUCCCAAGUCUAUCUCACCCAGCUCUCCUGCAGAAGGAGCGGAAGAAGAAAAAACUGAUGAGCAUUCCACCCUAUGGUUCAUAGGCUUAGAGUUCCAGCCUCUAGGUCCAGCGACCAACGUCAACCUUACCCUGGAUAUACAGUUCUUUGUUAAUACCGUCCAUAGGCAUUCAGUCACCAUCAAGCUACUACAGGAAGGCAUGAAGAUCGAGGCCAAGCAUGUAAAAAGGAAAAAGCUGAGCGAAUAUGUACCAGCCAGCAUGCUCAAGUCCAAGAAGAAAUCCCUGCCAUCCACAGAUGGAAGCAGUCGAGGCAACACUCCCAAGAACUCUUCCUCGGAUGCAGCCUCCCGCCUUACUCCCUCACCCCUCAACAAGACGGGAGACAGUAUCAGUGAAGAUGAGUUCCUCUACGGACCCAACGUCAGCUCUCCAGCCCUCAUUUCUAGCCUUGAUGUCAGGGGGAGGGAUAGUCCCAGUGCCAGCUCCAUAGAGUCGGACUUUGGUGCCGGCAACGCAGGAACGGGGGACGGAGGGACAGAACCGUCUCAGGAUACCGUGUUCCAGUCACCCAAGUCUAGUAGAACCAAGCCGUCAACAGACCAAGCCAGUACUGAUACUGAUGGCGAUGGACCAAAUACACAACCCUCAUCUCAGGAAGAGCAAGCCCCUAGCGGAGACAACGCUCAACUACCGACCAUCAAGAUCACCGCUCCAGACGAAGAGACACAGGAACCUUGUAUAAAAGCAUCGGGGGACGAUUCACAGACAUUCAAACGCCCCUCAUCCCCGCCUCCUGUUUCGGAGUCCCCCUCGAAGAAAGUCCGGACUGACAAUGGCGUCGCACUCCCAGAAGCACAACAGGGAGAUGAUGAUAGUGAAGCGAAGGAGUGCGGGGUGGAGGAGGAGGAUGAUACGCAAACAUUCAAGAGACCGUCAUCCCCCGUCCCGGUCAUAGAGUCACCUCCCAAGAAGAUGAAGACUGAUAAUGGGAUCAAGGCUGGAGGAGAGCCUGCACCUCUCACUUCAGACUGCAAUGAGAAUGGAGAAAGUGAAGAUAAUACAAGUCCUCAAACACUACCUCGCUUAGUCAUACGGCAGAGAGUACCCAGCGGAGAGCUUCCUGAUAUAGCAUCCCCCGUCCCAGUCGCCCCCAAAGCACAAAAGAACACGAUAAGACUGAACUUGAAUGUAAAAUGAACAGAGCUUGCAGAAUGUGGCUCAGGGUCACGUGGCCUUGAUCCUUGAAGCUUCACGAAUGAUGAUGUUAUGAUGAUGUCCCGAAUUUCCUCCGGUCACUCCUGGCAGUCAGUGAGGAAAUAAGGUAAGACAUCUGCACGUCGAUCGCUAAUUCUCAGAGGAAUUCAGAUGAUGAUUUUUUUUUAGAGAGAGGAGAACAAACACACAAAAAAGAAUCACCAAAGAAUAUGCUGGAGAUGAAUAUGAUAUGCAUCCAAUGAGGAAGGAGCGCGACUGUACAAAGUGAUUUGUACCUACAUAGGAAUAUAGUAUUCUUUAUAGACCUCAUGUAAUUUAUAUUUCUAGGAUGAGAUAGAAAAGAAACCAAUUGAUUAUUGUUGAUCAUUUUUUUGUUCGUAUUUCAGUUAUGUGAUGAUAUCUGUGAAGGAAUUUUGAUAUUGACUUAAUAAAAAUGGGUAUUGUUAACCGGAAA